ACAUAGUAGCUAGAAACCUGGAAUGUGAAUUGUACAACUUCCUUCCCUUAUCCUCUAAAAACUACAACACAACAUGAUUGCGGGAACUGCAACCUUGAAGCUCAACCUCUCACUUUUUUCUUCAACCUACUCUUUCCGCAAUUCCUCUUCUUUAUUCCCAUCCAACUUUCGUAUUCGAACCCCUUAUUCUAAACCCCAUUUUCUCAAGAUUUAUGCGGUAUCAAGUAACGAUAUUAAAGUCGGUACCAAUCUCGAAGUCGAUGGUGCACCUUGGCGUGUCUUAGAGUUUCUUCAUGUUAAACCUGGAAAAGGUGCAGCAUUUGUGAGGACCAAGCUCAAGAAUUAUCUUACAGGAAAUUCUGUUGAUAAGACCUUCAGAGCUGGAAGUUCGAUUGAUGAAGCAGAUAUAGUCAAGGAAACAAAGCAAUUCACAUAUAAAGAUGGUGAUCAGUUUGUCUUCAUGGACUUGAGUACAUAUGAGGAGACUCGUCUGGGUGAAAAAGAAGUUGGGAACAAAACAAAGUGGCUGAAAGAGGGAAUGGACUGCAAUUUGCUAUUGUGGAAUGGAAAGGUUAUUGAUGUUGAUCUCCCUGUAAACGUUAAGCUUAGUGUAGUCGAUGUGGAUCCGGGGCUUAAGGGCGACACAGCCCAAGGUGGUGGAACAAAGCCAGCUACUCUUGACACUGGUGCUGUUGUAAAUGUCCCGCUCUUCGUAAACAUAGGUGACGAAAUAAUCGUUGAUACAAGAUCUGGGCAGUACACAAGUCGCGCUUAAGGUUUCACAUCAAGUUUUGUGUCAAUCAAAGUUCAGAGUACCAUGAUUUCUUUUGUUCUUUUACAAUAACAUGUAGUAUAUGGAACAGUGAACAUAGCAAAUUGACUAUGUGCGUCACAUCAGAGUUAAAAUUUUGUUGUAACUUGUAAGUUAGUUGUGAAUCUGAGGCUCUUGCGGCGCUUUUCUUCAGCAUGAUUGUGGUGCAUGAAAUUUUGUACUCAUCAGAAAGCCAACAAUUAUUUAACGUUUUUCUUUUUACAGCGAUA